AUGGCGUGCCCCUUUAGAAGCUCCUCCUUGGCACCCCCGACGCCGGCGUCCGCCCGUUGUCGAGUGUCUCAGCUCCGUACGAAGCUCAAGUUAUCUGUCCGUUCUCCCUCCCGUUUCUCUUCCCCACUCGAAGCUCCUCUCGCUCCUCUCCUCCUUCGAUUUUUCCUUUUUCCUACUGUUUACUCUCUUUGUGGAUUCUCAGCAGAGUUGGAAGCUUGCGAACGCCAAGAAGUGUGUGUGUGUCGCGAGAGCUUCUGGCCCGGAACCUGGGUCCGACGAAAAGAACGCUGGGGCUGGGUUCCCUUGCACCCCUAGCAAGGUGUUCGUGGAAGAGGUGAUGCAUUUUCAUCUUUAUUUAUUCUUUAUUCGGAUGUUGUUGAAUGAUGUUUUAAAUCAAUAGUUUUGUUGGGAUCUUCGAGCUUUUGUUUUGUUGUUCUUUCUCUCUUUUAAUUUAAUGAAGUAAACUCAGAAGUGGCGACUUCAUCGACAUCUAACAAUUCCCAGUAAAUUUUGUUUUUCAGGCAAUUGGAGCCGAAUAUGGUGAAGGGUUUGAGACUUUCAGGAUGGAUGGUCCUUUGAAGGUCGAUGUGGUAAUGUAUUUGUGGCCUUCUGGUGUUUUGUUUUUUUGAUGCUACAUGAUUCCUUAUUGCCUAAUUUUCUGAUCAAAGGAAUAUUAUGCUCCUUUUAGGAUUAUUUGAAUGAUAAGCUGCAGGAAAGCUUCCUUCAGAGAAUAAGGCAUGCUAUGAAGCCUGAUGAAACUUACGGUCUUAUCUUUUCGUGGGACAAUGUUGUGGUAAUUUCUUCUUUUUUUAAAACUUUCUCACGAAAUUUAUGUAAUAAUGUUUUCUAUUUUCCUAUUACUCAGAUAUAUCCGUUAUCAUUUAAAGAAAAUGCUAUUUUUUUCUUUAGAAACUUUCAUUGUGAGGCUUUUUAGUUUUUGUUGAAAGCUUGUGCUUCAGCAUGGCCAGGCUGCAAGCUUACAAUCACACUAUUGCUCGAAUAUUUUAAUGUAAUCAGCUGAUCUGAUCUUGUCCUGCAUGUGUUGAUGUUAUAGUUACUGAUCAAUGAAGAACCAGUGUAUCUGAAACUCUGUAUGCACUCUAUGGCCACAUUGAAAAAGCCAGCGUUGUACAUAUUUUUUUCAAUAUUAACUGCUGCCGAGCAUAUUACACAUCUUAUGUUGUAUAUAUUAAUGAGUGAUCCACGCAAGUGUUUGAUAUGUUGUUGGCUGCUUUGAUGUACUUUCUUGUAGCAUCAAAAAUAAUUUCCUAAUGCUUUGUAAGUUUAAUGGAUAAUUGAGCUGAGUUGGUAAAUGGUCCAAAAGGGAGUUUUUUUGCUGAUGCCCAAGCGAAUUUUCUUGUUAGCUUGGUAAUAACAGUGGACUACUUGGCUCACAAAUUUUUUAUAUAUUACGGUUUCAUUUUGAAUUUUGUGUUGAUGGGCUGUUUUCUUUGCUACAUUUCUCCAAGUUUUUUUGAAUUUUUUUUGCCUUUGGCUUUGAUGGUGAAGGCUCAUCUGCUUCUUCUGAUUUUCUCUGAUGGAAUAUCCGUUUUUUUGUCAGGCUGAUACUAGCUCUUUGAAGCUGUCUGCGUGGGAACAGCUUGCCUUUGAAGAAGGUGCGUGUAAUCUGGCUCCUUUAAUCUGUUGGUUUUCUAACUAUCCUAAUUGGGUUAUACAUAUAUAUUUAUAUUUUGCAACUGAUUGCAAUUUCUGGAAAUAAUUUAAUAUUUUUUACGUGGCAUGUUGAGCUCUGAAAAAACUAUUUAGUAUGAAAAAAAUUUAACAUCUCAAAAUAGGAAAUCUACACGAUCACAUUUCUCCGUCACUUUGCUCUUUCAGGCAAAAAUAUGCCUCGGAAUGGUCAAAUACAACGGUCUAUGCUUCAUAUGGCGGCUGAUGACGUGCUACAUAAGGUUUGAGUAUAAAUGCUUUAGUUAAUGAAAUUCCCAACUAAUGCUUUCUAAUAAGACAUUGAUUUCAAGGCUUGAGUGAGUCAUAGUUGGUUAUAAUUUCAGCCUCUAUGAUUUAGGAAAAUCCUUGUUCUUCAUGAUAUUUGAGUGCUCACCUUUUUUGCUUUAAUAGUUUGCAACAAAAUAAGGCCGAAAACCUGCUGACCAACAUUUUUGAUGAGUCGCGAAAAUCAGUUAUUUCGUUGAUGUUCAAGUGCAUGUUUAUUGUAUCGGUGUUUUGAUUUCGAGGGAGAGUAGUAAGAUUUUGAAAUUUUUUGGGUUAUUGUUUCUGUGAAGCGUGACCUUACCAGUAGUAGAUCCCCUCUCUAUUUUUAUCUUUUUGAGUGAAAUCGGUGCAGAAAAAUCCUUUGAGAAAAUCAUAACCAUUGUGCCGGGUUAGUCUUCAUUUCACAUCUCACUUUGGAACGUUAAUAGCAUAUCCGGUAAAAUUUUCAAUAUUUUACAGUACUUUGAACCCUUGUUCAUACCUUCUCCUGACUAGCGAUCGACUCCUCCCUUACAUGGAUGGACGAUCCAGUUUUGUUUAGCUUUUGAGUGCUUUUAGAUUUCUUUCAUCUCAUGUGCGACUGACGAAGCUUUUGAUGGCGUACGCAUGCAAAGAAUACUUGAUUUUUCUCGUUCUGUCCAGUCCAGACUUCUCACUUUGGAUCGAAUCUGAGUUCUACUAUUUUUUUUCUAUUUUGAGAUUAUUUCAUCCGGAAGUUUUCUCGGUUCUCCUUUUCAGACCGUUUAGAAACUGCAGUUAAUUCGACACCCGCGUAAGUUGUGUGUUCUUCUUGCAUGCUCACGCCUGUUUGAUGGAAGAUUCUUGGAUCGAAACUAAUGUUCUCCUUUUUCUUCUGUAGAUGUUAUUCUUUCUUCAGUCGUCUGAGUAUAUAUGGCUGUUCAUUUUCUCUUUAGGUACUAUUCUGGGGGGACGGAGCAGUUGACUUGGAGAGAUUGAAGUCCAGACUUCUGCAGCUGUACUACGAUAAUCUUCUGAAAGUCAGAUCUCCAUCCGCCUAUUCAAUCCUUUUCUUUGCCAUUAACGAGUUUGAUUGCAUGAUACAUCUUCUCCCAUGAGUGUAGCUGACAGAACCUGUGGAGGGACUGAAAGAGUGGCUGGAUGCGCUUUACACGGCUGGCACCCCCUGCGCUGUUGUCUCAUGUCUCGACCGGAGGAACAUGCUUGAAGCUCUUGAGCGCAUGGACCUCAGGAGAUACUUUCAGGUGAGGCGGCCUCAGUCAACGUCUGGUCAUCUGUGUCAACGGGUUCGUCUGGUGGCUAAGCUGCAGCCUGUCUGUUUUUGAUCUGCAGGCUGUUGUGAGUGAAGAAGAUGGAAUGGAAUCAAUAGCUCAUAGGUUUCUCUCGGCCGCAGUCAAGGUAGAUCUCGGCCCACCCCAAAAAAUAAAAAUAAAAAUAAAAAUAAUUUAAUUUUUUAGAUCUGCAUUAGCAUCUCAAGUUAAUUUCUGUUCUGAUUGGGUGGUGGCGCUGGACAUUGUCGAGAUCAAAGUCUCAAUAAUGCGUAGUAGAGAAAACCACUGCUUUGAUUCCUUGAUAGAAGCUGUCCCCAGAUAUGUAGUCAACUCCCUGGUCUCCUUCCAUAUAUAGUCAACUUCCGGCCCUUAUCCCUUAAUGAAUACCGGUGAGGGUGUUGCCUGUUCGUAGACGCGAAUAUUCUGUUUCUGGGUUUGACCUCCAUAGCUCUGGUGUUCCAGUUGACCCGAGAAUUUCGUCUCUCAUUUUUUUCGCCACGAUUCAAGCUCGUAGUAUUUAUACAUAGAAACAAGAUGGGUAUGAACUCAGAUUGCUGUCACGUGAUCAGCCCGCAGUGAUCUAAUCUGGGUACCCAGCAAAAUGGGCAUCUGGGGAUCACUGCUGGCUGGCGGCGGAAGUCAGAGCUGCAGUUUCCUAUUAUGGAAAGAGCGGCUCAUCAGCUCGAUCCUGGUGCGCCUGUAUAUGCAUACAUUUGACAUCCCACCGUGUGGUCUCUGUCUGUUUAACCAGCUGGAUCGGAAGCCGUCAAAGUGCGUAGUAUUCGAGGAUGAUCCCAGAGGCAUCACCGCGGCGCACAACUGUACGAUGAUGGCCAUCGGAUUAAUCGGCGCCCACCGUGCGUGAGUAUCUUUGACUGAAAACCCAGCUCCUUGACUGAUGCGUUUUUCCCCGUUGACUAUUUCCCUCCCUUUUUACGUGCUAUUCCGGGUUCAUUUUCCUGAAGAGUAGAGUUGACUUGCGCUUUUUGGCGGCGCAGCUACGAGCUGGUGCAGGCUGACCUCACGGUGGGGUGCUUCAGCGAUCUCUCGGUGAUCAACCUUCGGAGGCUGUUUGCGCACAAAGGGUUUGGUUUCAUGGAACUGCAGAAGCAGGUCGUGGAGAAAUCCCCUCGCAAGAGGAAGCUCACCAUCGACACGAUCUUUUGA